UCCCAGUGUGCCACAUCGAGCUAUUCAGUUACUGGCAGUCGCGCGGCUGCUUUCCUUACGAUUAGUGUCCCGUUGUUUGUCCAGGAUGCAGCGCAGUAGCAGUUGGCGCUCGGACACAGUGCUGCAUUAUCAUUUGCGUUUCUAUCAGCUGCUCGGGUUGCACGCAGUGCCGCUGAAUUGCAGCAGUGGCCACUCAGAGCGGCUGCUUCGCCUCUGGGCAGGCUGUCUGCUUGCAGGCUUCACUUGCAUGGCAUUGGUGUGUGUAAGCAGCGGCGAGGUGCUCCACAAGAGCGAUCAUUUUGGACACUUUAACGAUGCGCUGAAGUUCGCCUUUGCGGAGCUGGCAGUACUAAGCAUUUACUGGGAAACAAUUUUUCAUCGCCGGCACUUAAGUCGCUUUUGGCAGCUGCAUACGAUGAUGGGCACACCUGCCAAGCUAGGACGUUAUUUAUGCAUGUUUUAUGGCACGCUAAGCUUUGAGUUGAUGCUGCUGCUCAUGCUGGUGUAUGUGCAACAGCUAACGCGUCAGCUGUUUCUCUUCUGGUGCACCUUUCAGCCGUUUGUGUUCUUGGCGCAUUUGCGUAAUACGCAGUUUGUGCUGCAUUUGGAGCUGCUGCGUCAACAGCUAUUGCAGCUGGAACGUGAGCUGGCCUUGCUGGCGGAGUAUUCCAACUUUGCUCAACGUUUUGACGGCUUUGAGUGCUAUAUGCGACGACGACUGCGCCAGCAACAGUUAAACUAUGCGCGCAUUUAUGACAUGUGCGUUUGUUUUAGCAGCUGUUUUAGCUAUUCUGUGCUCACGGUGCUGCUCAUGAUCUUCAUACGCAUCGCCGUCGAUUGUUAUUUUAUGUAUUACACCAUCUACAAUAAUAUAGACAACAUAGAUUACUAUUUGUUGUUGCCGGCCAUUCUGGAAAUACCUGCAUUCAUAUUUACAUCGCAAUCCUGCAUGAGACUUGUCCCACGCAUUGCGUUUCAAUUGCAUAAUAUUCUCUGCAGUUCAUCCUCGCUUUCCCUGCAGGUUAAUAUAUUACACCUUUUUUUCGCACAAUUUAAGUGCAUAUUUUCUUUUAGCUCCAAAACUUUUCAUUGCAAAUUCUGCAUCAGCCGGUGCGCUUCGAUUGUUUUGGAACUAUAG